GUCAUAUCAUUACGUAAAGGAAAAACAACAACAAAAUCGAAAAGAUAAUGGCAGUGAAUCAAACGAAAUCACAAAACGGUCAACUUUUCUUGACGAACGACUUCGUCAUCUCAGACAAGAAUGGUGUCGAAUUUAGCUUUGAAAAGUCGGCAAACUUGCCUGGGUAUUUGUUGGCUUCACGGACAGGAAGGCUCAUCUUGACGGGACAAAAGGUUAUAUUUGUAAAUGCGAAAGCGACGGACCAAUGUCAAACGAUAACCAUGGCCUUCCAUUAUAUACGAAAUUUGGAGAUAAAACAACCAAUAUUUGGAGCCAAUUAUCUUCAGGCUGACAUUACAGCAGAACCUGGAGCUGGAUGGCAAGGUGAUGCUGUUUUCAAAGUUGUUUUCAGUAAAGGGGGAGCUAUCGAAUUUGCUGAGGCUUUUCAACGAGCUGUUCGGAAUGCCAGAGCAGGUCACCACCCAGCAAUGCAACAACCACCAAUGAAUGGUCAUUACUUUAUACCACCACAACCACAGCAACAACCAAAUCCUGGUUAUUACGGUUACCCAGCCGCUGGUUAUGCCCAGCCACCACCAUAUCAACCACAGCCGUACCCUCCACAGUUCAAUGGUGCACCACCAAUGCAAUAUAACCAGUACCAGUCUGGUGUUCCACCCAGUGGAAAGGCAGCCGAAGCAUAUGCAUCUGGACAAAAUGUCUAUGUUCCUGCCCCUCAGGGAAACUUUGCAACGCCAUCUGCACCACCACCGCCGUAUGAAGAAAGUGCAAAAAAAGAUCAAUAAAAAUAACU